GUUGGCGCUCAACAGCCGGCGCCGGUUACAAGCGAAGGGGGCUGGGAAAGCGAGCGGCCGGUCCCGCCAACCUUCGUCGCGGGAGAAGGAAACGAAAGAAGGAGAGAAGGAAAGGAAAGAAAGGAAGAAGCGGAGGAAAGGAAAGAAGGAAAGACGCUGCCGAUCCCCCCCCCCGAUCCAUCCUUCCUUCCUUCCUCCCACCUUCCCCGCCCGCCUUUUGCGGGAGCAGCGGCCGAACGAGGAGGAGCAGCAGCAGCCAGACGGGCAGCCGAGCCCGAGUGGCGGCGGGGAUGAACAGCUCCGAGGAGGACGCAGGUGCCAGCCCAGUGCCCAGUCCGGGCUUCCCCACCUUCGACGAGCCACCCCAGAAAAGACAGAGAACUGUAGAAGACUUCAAUCAAUUCUGCACUUUUGUGCUAGCCUACGCAGGCUACAUUCCCUACCCAAAAGAGAAUGAGCCAUGGACAUACCGAGGCAACAGGAGCCCCCAGAACAGCACCGGAAGCACCCAAGACAGCGACAGUUGGGGAUCGUCCCAGUCCUGCGACUCCCAAGUGCUUUCAGACGACGGAGGGAGCAGGAACAUGGCCUACAAGGGGGCAGGAGAGCUGCUGACCUGCCCCAAUAUAACCGGUAGCUUUUGCACUGGUCAGCACCCGCAAACCAAGAAGAGAAAGCCGUCGUCCAAAAAACUCAACAUGAACCAGGCGGCGGACAAGGGCUUGAUGCCCCUGAUGGACCAUUCACAGAGAACGCCCGAGACUUGCACGGAAGUGAAGGAGCUGGAAUCCUGUCUCCCAGAGCUCCCAUCCAGACCUCUGCUGGAGCAAACGGAGAAAGACUCUAUCCCUGGACUUUACUCCGAAGAGAAGACUGAGGAACAAGGGACAUGCAAAGAGGAGAGAAACGCCUCUGCCUCUUGGGACACGGUGGAGCAAAGCACAGAAAAACCUGCAGAAGACGCCCCUCAACUUAGCAAUCUGCCUGAAGAGUUUACUGCAGCCUCAGACACCAAAACAGAUGAAGACGACGCUUGGGACCUCAUCACUUGCUUCUGCUUAAAGCCCUUUGCCGGGCGACCCAUGAUCGAAUGCAAUGAGUGCACGACUUGGAUACACCUCUCCUGCGCCAAGAUCCGCAAGUCCAAUGUGCCCGACGUCUUCAUCUGCCAACGCUGCCGCGACGCCAAGCAAGAGAUCCGCCGGUCCAACAGAGCCCGGACCGUCCCCCGCAAGCGCUUCUGUGACUGACUAUAGCCGGGAGAUGGAGGAAGGGCCGCCCUUCCCUCCAAAGCUUCAGUUGGAUAUUAUUAUUAUUAUUUUUGCUGCCAAGACAAUCAAAAUGCAGGAACUGCCCUAGGGAAGAGACCGGAGGCAGCCCUGGAAAUUUCCAAGACUUUUUGACACGCGUGUCUUAUUCCAAAUGUUGAAAAUUGGGGAAGAGGAAGACACUUGAGGUGCUGUUGAGAUCUCAGGGUUAUGCUAGAGCAGCAAAUGCACAAAUGCCUGGCAGACACAUGAGAGACUGUUGGGGAGGGAAUGGGAAUUUACCUGCAGGCAAUGCACUAAGUCAGCCGGUAGCCUCUCUGCCCUUGCGCAGAGGUGCCUUUUCUCAGCAGCCUAAAGGGAGUUGAGCCCAAGCAAGAUUUUUCUGUGGUACGCUAGCUGCUCGGACUUUAAAUGUGUCGGAUCAUGCGCCCCGUUUUGUGGUUUGUUCUUUGCCCCUUAGAACGGUGGGUUGGGAAGCUCCUCGACCUCUUUCCCAAAAGCACACUUCAAAGGGGUCCAGUCCCCUUCCCCCUUGUACACACACAUAGAGAGAGGGUUAUUUUGCAGCCCAUUUAGAGAGAUCCAUUCUCUGCCCCCAGGACAACUGGCACCCCGCUUCGGAGCUUCCCCAUCCUUUCAGCAUUCGAGCGAGACGCCAUGCUAUAUAAGCCAGGCUAGUCACCGUUGGAUCAGGAAAGGGGUGAUAAUAUUCUCCAACUGUACAUACUUGGUAUGCAGAGGCUUAGAAAAUAUUUAGCUCUAUCUACUCGACUCACUGGCCUAGCCUAGACUUCCGGUUGCACUACUGUCUUAUUUGAAGGGAACGUGGGACUUGGGAGGGGGGGGGGGGGGAGAGGGAACCGAGAACACAUAGCUGUAGAACCUUUUUAGGAGCUAAAAAGGGGAGACUUCCUUCCCCCCCCCCCAUCCCAAAGGUAGAUGGAUGGUGAGGCACCUGGCAGAAGCAGAUUGGGUCCUGCUUGUCUCCAGGCUGCUCUUGGGAGAGCAAUCUGGGGAUUUCUUUAAAGAAGAAAAAAAAGAGUGAAGAUCUGUGUACUAUGCAAACUACUGGUGGUUCCUGGGGAAAUUGCGCCAGCAAGCAAAUUUUGCUUGUUUGGAGAUGAUUUGCCACUCUUCCCCUGCUCCCAUGUGCCUUUUUCUUUCAUCUCAUCCUUCAGCCACGCUGAAAGUUCUGUCCUGAUGGCACACGGAUAAUAUUGCAGUUGUUUUCAUUUGGGUUUUUUUUUUUCCGGUUUGAAACAGGCUACACCUGGUCACUGCUUAAAAAAGCAAAAAUCCAGCCCUAAUUUAUGAUCCCAUCAGUACCUCUGCUCCCCUUGAGUGUUUACAUUUUUACGAUUAGCCUCUAUAAAAAUGUAAGGUAGCACAGUAACAAUGCUGUAUACUGGGUAUAUACUGAGUGAUACGUAUAGAUUAAAAUACUUUUAAAGCA